AUGGUUGUCGACCAGGGACCGAGAGCAAAGCGGCUGUGUUUUGAGAUCUGUGGUAGACUCUGGUGUCUUUGCUUCAAUGUUCUGAAUAGCUUCAGGCUGAUAGCUGAGUUCUCCGCCUUGGCUUCACUGACUGGAAGGGCAGAGGAUGCCGACAAUGUACCUACAACAAAUGGAGAGAAAUUUAAUUAUCUCAUUAGACGGCUUCAUCUUCAUGACAAAUAUCAUCAGAAACUCAAAGCUGCAGACUUUCUUCAGCUAUCUGCUCAAUCGGGUAUAAUUCAGUCCCAUAACUCGUGUGCAGAGCAGGACUUAGUUCACAUGUUUCUACAAAGACUACUGAUGAUGGACUAUAGAACAAGACAUAUAACUAUUAAAGACAGCAAUGAGCAAAGUUAUACACAAAGUAUGAGUGAUUUGGUACGAAAUGAGAUAGAUCUUUUUGAUGAUCUCUUUAGUGAAAUACCUUUGUCUAAUGAAGAAAGCAGCAAACCAGGCAAAAUCCACCCAAUGGAUGUUCAGAUGGCCAUUUUUCAUUGUGCUGAUAGUUUCCUGAAGCAGCUGAUGGUGACUAAACUCUCACAAUGUCAGUAUGCUCUCCCCCUGCUUGUUCCUGAUCCAUUCACACAACAGCUUGAGUUUCCUCUCUGGACUUUUAGACAAAUCAAUAAAAGCUGGAGUAUAAAAAAUUCCAAGAAUGAAAUUAUCACUAAAACCCAGCCAGUCUGCAAGGCAGCUACCCCAAUGGUGGCUUUCUUCAGAUUUGGCCAAGUCUCCUCAUCAAAGUCUCAGCUGAUGAGCAGCCUGAUCAAUGAGAAACACAACACAUUCUUUCACAGGAACUGCAAAGGCAGCAGCAGCACCAGAGUACUGAUGGACGGAGUUGUGGAGAUUUCCUGGUACUGCCCCUCUGGGAAACACACUGAUACAUUUACUGACUGUGUUGCAUUCUGCAAUCUUCACGGUGAUGCAGGAGCCAAUGAGAAACAACUGAAUAUCUUGGCUGAAAUGGCUUCUGUGAAUGUUGUUCUUUUGCCACAGCUUGAUAGAAAUGACAAAAAUGCAAAAAAAAUACAAAUGAUCAGCCAGGACAAAACUCCACUUAUCUUCCUUCUUACUGAGAAUAAUGUAGCACUCUCACCCAUACAAAAUGGAAAAAUUAAAAUGGGCUUGAAAGACAGAAAUCUGCCAGAAGUAAUUGAGGAACUUGUAAGAGCUAUAAAUAAAGGCCUUUCACUUUCAUCUACUGGAUCAUGUAGUGUUUUCAGACUUGAAGAUGUGGCCAGAUUCUCAGAUAUUAGAGUAGAUGAGCUUGAUCUUGAUGACUGCAGGAUAGGAAAAGAAAAAGCACAGCAGAUGAUGAGCUUACUGGAGAAGACAGAUCUAACGCAAAGCAAAGAACUACUUUUGCCCUGUCAGGGAAAACUGUGGCAUCAGUGGUGUCAGAAGAAUAAAGAGCUACAUCGACCUCAAAGAAAUGAAACUGAAAUGGACAUAAGUGUCAAAAAUGCAGCCCUAAAGAAAAUCCGUAUACAGCAGCACGCAUCAGUUAGCAGUGAGAUUAUGACAUUGUUUCUGAAAGAAAUGAACUCACUUAAUGCAGAUGAAAAGAUGUUUUUUCUUAAAUGGCUUGGAAUUCUCCUAGAUGAACGCACCUCAGAAGAUCUUUCUGCUCUGCGUCUAAAGUACAAUAUAAAGUGUUCAGAGGUCUUAAAACUAAAGAAGAACCAUGGUAAACCUGAACAGCUGGUAGCUGUGCAAACAGAACUAAAGACAAUAUCUGAAGAUUUACAUUCUGCAAACUUUGGCUUGGUGCACAUCCUACGAGAGAUUGGUCAAAUCUAUGAAUCAUGUUCAUCUGUAAAGAAGGACAAGGAUGGCCUGCAGUGUCACUUUUCUUCUCUCCCCAGUCUUGCAGCAGAGAUGAUGAUCUCAGGAUUUCCACUGGAGCUGAUGGAUGGAGACGCCUCUCAUGUAUCUCUUAUAUGGGUUGCUGCUGUUUUUGAUGAACUUGUCAAGAAAGUGGGAAACCUGAGAGUCUUUGUGCUGUCAGUUUUGGGAAUUCAGAGCACUGGGAAGUCCACAUUGCUGAAUACCAUGUUUGGACUCCAGUUUGCAGUCAGUGCUGGCAGGUGCACCAGAGGAGCUUUCAUGCAGCUGGUCAAAGUCUCAGAUGAGAUGAAAACACAGCUUAAGUUUGACUAUAUUCUGAUUGUUGACACUGAGGGUCUUUGUUCGCCAGAAUUGUCUGGAAGAGAAUCAACACAUCACGACAAUGAACUGGCCACAUUUGUUGUUGGUUUAGGAAAUUUGACAUUGAUCAACAUCUUUGGAGAAAACCCAGCUGGGUUGGAAAACAUUCUUCAGAUUGUUGUUCAGGCCUUCCUGAGAAUGAAGAAUGUCAAACUGAAUCCCAGCUGUAUGUUUAUGCAUCAAAAUGUUGACAUAACGGCAAAAGAAAAAUGCAUUCAGGAAAGGAUGAAACUGCUAGAGAAACUGGAUGAGAUGACAGAACUUGCUGCAAAAGAUGAUGUAUGUGAUGUUCAGUGCUUUAAUGAAGUAAUUAAAUUUGAUGCUUUGAAUGAUGUGAAGUAUUUUUCGGCGCUCUGGGAAGGGAACCCACCCAUGGCACCUCCAAACCCAAACUACAAUGAAAAUGUUCAAGAUCUAAAGUACACAAUUCUUUCUCAAGCCUCAAAAUUGGAUAGUAUGAGGUUGACACACCUUAAAUAUCGUAUUGAAGCCCUUUGGGAGGCAUUACUUAAUGAAAACUUUGUAUUCAGCUUCAGAGAUUCUAUAGAGAUAGCGGUUUACAGAAGACUUGAAACAGAAUACAGUAAGUGGACUUGGAAUCUUCGAUAUGCCAUGCUAGAGAUUGAAAACAAACUACUUAACAAAAUAGAAAAUGGAGCAAUUCAUGAAGUUCUUGAACAUAAUCUCCAAGCAGAACUAAAACAGAUAAGUGAAGAAGUAAAUAAAUUGAUGUCAGAAUAUUUUGAGAAAGACAAAGAUGCUUGUAUUCUGAUUCAGUGGAGAACGUCUUUUAAGAUAAAAAUCAAAGAAGUUCAGGAAAACAUUGUUAGAGAAACAAAGAAAAAGUUGAAUGAGGUUCUUCAACAACACCACCUGCAGAAAAGGAUUGAUGCCCAGAGGAUACACCAUGAAAAUACUCUUUUUGAAAAAAGCAAACAUUCUGCCUUAAAGCUCAAAGACAAUGCAAACAAUGAAGAAACUAUGAAAAAAGAAUUUGGCUUCUUCUGGCAUCAGUGGUUAACUGAUAUUAAGGAAGCAAUACCUCCAAUCAAAACGAUCAAUGUAUUAGGAGACGUGAAGCAUAUCCUCAGUGACAUAUAUGAAAGUGUUCCUCUGGACCGUGUCAAGGACAGUGAAUGCAUCGAUAUUGCCUCAGUGUCAGGAUAUGCAGAUUAUGUUGUUUUCAAAAGGUCCGAAAACAUAUUUUCUAGACACUCACUGGAUAAAGAAAACGAAGACAAAAUUAGAGCAUUAGUAGCAGGCAUUGAAAAAGAGACAGAUGAGAUGAUUAAGUCAAAACCCAUAUCAAAAAGGGGUUACAACAUUGUCUAUGUCCAACAACUCACAGAUUUCAUAAAGAAGAAAGUAAAAGAACAUGAGGAAGGGCCAGUAACAUAUGUUUUUAAGAAGGAAUUCACGAUGGACCUCACAUUUCACAUUUGCAAGAGAUCAAACAAGAUAUUCACUGAUCUCCACGGAAUAUUCAGGGAAGCCAAUGAUCCUGAUCUUUAUUUUGAAAGGAAGAAAGGAGAGUACUACAGUAUAUUCCAGAAAUAUUGUCAAGGAGCAACAUCAUCUGCCAUUUUUGGAGAAUUCGUCUGUAAUAAACUGAAAGAGCCUAUUCAACAGAGUGUCUACAAAAAGACUGCCAGAGAACUGGCAAAUGAAAUGAGAUCAAACUGUGAAUCAGUGAAUGGGAACCGAUCUAAACUAGAGAAACACAUCCUAAAGGUACUGGCAGAAAGGGAGAAUUUUGACAUGUAUAUGACAUACAUUCAUAAUCCCAGAAAGCUCUUCAAGACUUUCAUCAGAGAUGAAGUCAGUAACUACAUCAGUGAAAAGUUUAAUGUGAGUGUUCUGCCUAAGAUAAAAGAGGGCAUUAUACUCCACCAGCAGAAGAUCAUAGAAGCAGCACAUGAAGCAUCUAGACUGGUUAAAGUAAAGAACGAUGUUGAUUCUUGGUUAAAGCAUUUUACACACCAGCUGUCAGAUGUGCUGAUACUCUCUGGAAAGACCUUCACCGGAGUGAGUUAUAAUGAUGUUGACAUCAACUUCUUAGUAGAUGUGAUGCGACGAGAACUCCCUGCUGUUAAAUUUGACACAAGCAGAACAUUCAGGGUAGUUAAUUUUCUAGGUAAGCUAGACUAUAGGGACAGGCCAGAUGAGAUUCUCAUUGAUCACCUUUGUCGUUGCUGUUGGGUUCAGUGUCCUUUCUGUAAAGCCAUCUGCACCAACACAAUAGAAAAUCAUGGAGGAGAUCACAGUGUUCCUUUCCAUCGAAACAUAGGGUUGAAUGGGUGGCAUUUCAGUGAAACAAAACACCUGAGUGUUGACAUCUGCACAUCAGAAGUAGCAAGCAAUCACUCUUUUUACCCAAAUGUCUCAGAUACCAUAGCAGUCCUAUGGAGAGAAUACAGAAAAGGAGGUCCCAAAUAUGCUAACUGGAGCAUUACACCUGACUUUUCUGAACUGCCAUACUGGAAGUGGGUUGUCUGCAGAUUCCAAAAAGAUCUGGAAAAUAAGUACAAUAAAACAUUCCAGGGGUCUGGGAAGAUUCCAGAUGAAUGGAGGAAGUACACAAAACAGGAAGCUAUUGAGAGUUGGAGCUGCCUUAUUUAA